CACACACACACACACACACACACACAGAGCAGUGAUGCAUGCGAAGUGAUGUAGACUGUCGUAGUGAACAGAGGACAUAUGUAACGCGCAAAGGGCGGGUUUUAUUUUUUUUUGGUGUUUUAAAAUGUGCAAUGUAUUUUUCGGUGGCUGCGCGCAACGACACGAGUAAAACGGAGGCGCCGUAAGUUGCUCGUGAUUCCCCGACAACCGACUGUUGCGCCAGGAGAGCGUCAGUCCAGCAUGAGCGGAAACGCGGACGGCGGCGACGCGCUCGCGGAAAACGGCCUUUUCGCCACUUCAUGAGGCGCGAGCUUUGAUUGUUUUGCGUUCCAGAGUGGAAGUGGGUACAAAAGAAAAAAGCGGAAGCGCGCGCGCAGGAUGAGAAGCACGGAGCUGCUGCUCGCCUACUUUCUCGUGAAAGUUGUGGCGUGCGACGUAACCGGUGAAAACGCCAGACAAGUCGGGUCGGUGUCCGUGUCUGGUUCCAACGAGUCCCGAGACGGCGAGAGCGGUCUGUCGGAGCCUCCGCACACAGAGGAUAAAUGCAGGGGCUACUACGACGUGAUGGGCCAGUGGGACCCGCCGUUUGUCUGCCGAACGGGCAGCUACCUGUACUGCUGCGGCACGUGCGGCUUCCGCUUCUGCUGCGAGUUCAAGGAGUCGCGCCUGGACCAGCGCGCGUGCACUAACGACGGCACACCGCCGUGGUCAAUAACCGGCAGACCGCCACCCAAAAAGAAUGACCCGGCGCACGACCCCACGAGGGAUAGAACCAAUCUAAUCGUGUACAUCAUAUGCGGAGUGGUCGCCAUCAUGGCUCUGGUCGGGAUUUUCACAAAACUCGGGCUUGAGAAGGCACACCGACCGCACCGAGAAAACAUGUCUAGAGCGCUGGCGCAAGUGAUGCGGCAGACGAGAGUAGAGGAACGCGAGGAGAACCUGGCUGUGCACGGACAGCCGUACGAGAACCUGCAGGCCCGGACUACAGGAAAUAACCUCCAAAGCAACCAGAUCAACAAUGCGAGUCCAGGACCAGGCCUAAUGCAGGCAAUGACCCAGUACCCCACACUGGGGCAGGUUUCUCACACCUAUGAGCAACCACAGCCUGUCAAAGAGCUCAACAAAUAUGCAUCCUUGAAAGCAGUAGCUGAGAAAGCUAAUGAGAACUUUUACACAAAUCGGAGACAUGGGGUGGAAUUGACGACCAAAGGCACGUUACCCCUGCACUCGGUGCAACUUGAGCCGGAGCCAACCAACCCUUAUAGCCCAGAGUUGCCUUGCCAAAAACAAAAUGGACACAAGGUGAAGAGCGUUAAGGUGUCGGGCUCACAUCCACUGCCCUAUGGCUCCAACACCAUUUCCACCCCAGGUAUGCUGAGGAUCCGGGAGGGAUCAGAUGUACUUGGGCGUCGCCACACAUACGCCCCUAAAAAGCACAGCACGCUACUGGAGCAGGUCAAUGAGCUGGGCUCACCGAGCCAGCCUUACCUGCCUCCCCACCCAUACUACAUCAGCAACAGUAAGACUGAGGUGACUGUGUGAAAUGUAUGACACAGCCAGCUGACCUGAGCCAGACUAGAGCAAUCAAAGAGGGAGAGAAUGAUUCCCAGAGAUUUGUAUGGUUUCCUUAUGGCCAGGCAUUGACAGAGAUGCAUCUGAGUAUCUGAUUUGGCCCCAUGUGUAGGAUCUGUACUUUCCUUUGUUGCAGGGAUGACUGUGCAUGAAAAAGAAGGGUGUAGAACUCAUUCUGGAGCUAUCAAUGGUAUAUUUUCAUUUCAGUUUCUGUAAUGUCUGCAUUGCAAUUCAACAUUAUAGUUAUAAGCUUAUGAUACAAACAAACUGUCCAGCAGACUAUAAACUUGUCGUGCAGUUAUACUUAUCUGCAGUGCAUUGUGGGAAUAGUGCCACUCUGCUCAGUAAGUCUGUAAUGCUGUAUACAGGGCUGCACUCUUCUGGGAUACAUAGCCAGCAGUGUCAGUGUACCUGAGGCUUAAAUGGAGCAGAAGCCCAAUAAUGCUGGACAGUUAAUUUUCCUUAAUCUUGCUUACUUCAUUUUGAUAUUGUCUCGGAACAACAUGUACCAAAACCUCUGUACUGUACGUGGGCUUGUCUGUUAGUCCCAGCAUCUAAUACCUUGUGCUGUUUUAAGGUAAUUCCAGUGUUUUGUCAAGAAUUAAUAUAUAGGGCUUCGAUUCAUGCAAAUGUAAGUGUAAUUUGAUUAUUUGUUUGCAUUUUAGUUGGGCACAAAACUCUCAUUUGCUAACUGUUGCUAUUUUGAGGAUUAUAAAUGAAUGGUGGUGGAUGGCAAAAAAAAAUGGUCUGGUCCAAAAAAAUGCUUGUGCAUUACCCACUGCAUUACAUUACAUGUGCAUUACCCACUGCAUUACAUUACAUGUGCAUCACCCACUGCAUUACAUUACAUGUGCAUUACCCACUGCAUUACUCUCUGGGGAAGACUAAGCUGCAUCACACACUGCAUUACAUUACAUGUGCAUCACCCACUGCAUUACAUUACAUGUGCAUCACCCACUGCAUUACAUUACAUGUGCAUUACCCACUGCAUUGCUCUCUGGGGAAGACUAAGCUGCAUCACCCACUGCAUUACAUUACAUGUGCAUUACCCACUGCAUUACUCUCUGGGGAAGACUAAGCUGCAUCACCCACUGCAUUACAUUACAUGUGCAUUACCCACUGCAUUACUCUCUGGGGAAGACUAAGCUGCAUCACCCACUGCAUUACAUUACAUGUGCAUUACCCACUGCAUUACAUUACAUGUGCAUUACCCACUGCAUUACUCUCUGGGGAAGACUAAGGAACACACAUGCUCUUUGGAGGGAUGUAGUAACCCAGUCAGUAAUGUGUUGGACUACCAAUGGGAAGGUUGUGAGUUCAAAUACAAAGCUGCCCCUUACCCUUAAUUGCUUUGUUGUAAAAUAUGUAUAGUAAAAUAUAUAGUUAAAAUGGUCGCUCUGGAUAAGGGUGUCUGCCAAAUGCAAUAAAUGUAAAUAGACUUUGCCUUGUGGUUUAUAUACUACCAUGAGAUAUAUCCUGGACAACAGAACAUUUGGCUUGAGCUUAUCACCUAGACAUGGAGUUUUCCAUUCUUUUUCUUCUGGUGAUCUUCAGAAAAAAAAUGUGUCAUACCAAUUACAGAGCAGCGUGUCAUAUGGAGGCUUGUACUGUAUGGAGGUGGAGGUCUUAUUCACUCGGUUCGGUGCUAUUCACUCAUUCGGUUAGUUGAAACGGCCCAUACGUACAAAUUUUAGUAUAGAUGGCCAAUAACCAGCAAGCCAUGCACUAAAGUGCACUAGGUCCAGUUGAUAGCGCACAUAACAUUUUUGGAAGUUUCUACAUAAAAAGCCCCAAAUUGUAGGGGCCUUAGUAUUUAGGCUAGUUUCUGUGACAGCUACACUGUAGUCAUUGCCCACAGAUCCAAAAGCUGAAUCCAGCCCAAAAGCAGAGGUUUACAUUUAUGGCAUUUGGCAGAUGCUUUUAUCCCGAGAAACUUCCAUUUAACCUACUUUACACAACUGAGCAAAAGAGGCUUAAGAGCCGUAUUCAAGGGCCCAGCCGUGGCAGAUAGGUUGACCUGCCAUUCAAACACACAACCUUCCAGUCGGUAGUCCAAUACCUUAACCACUGAGCUAUCAGUUCGUGCUUAGUUAGGGAAAGUGAAUGUAGAGAUAAUACAUUCCAAUACAAUAAUAAUGCCAUAAAAUAACAAUAAUAAUAAUAAUAAUAAUAAUAAUAAUAAUAAUAAUAAUAAUAAUAAUAAUAAUACAAUAAAUGCCAUAAAAAAGGAGGUUUCCAAGGUGAAUUACUUGGUUGGGGUCCAGUUGACAGAAAUGCUGAAGCCCUGCCUUAUUUGUGCUAAUACCUCCAGUGGACCUUAGGGACAUGCAUAGCUAAGGGGUGGUAUUUACUUAGAUGAGGAUGCUGUCAUUAACAACAUGAUAGAGGGGCAAAUAGCCCAGGUGAGGGAAAUGCUGGACACACUUGCUUCUAUCCCGUUGCCCAGAGUAAACAUGUGCACUGCUAAGACAGACCAGACAGCAGUGCAAGAGGGCAAAUAUCUAACAUACAGUAUCUCAGCACAACUCCUCAAACACAUAUGAAAUGACUAUGGUAUACUCACUGUGGUCGGAAGUAACGGAAGAAGAAAACAGGAGUCCAUCGCAGUUUUUAUAAACUGAGGCUACAACAAUAGUCACAAGCUGCACAAUAUAACUCAAUCUAAUAAUUUGGUCGGAUAUGUCCAUGAAGACAAGUAUAUAAAAGAAGAAGCAGUGAUAUGGUGUGAAAGUAUUUAAAACAAAUGCUAUGUCUGUCUGUUGCUUUAUUAUUUCGUUGAUGCUCUAUGCACCAGAGAAUAUCUAGAGCUUAGCCUUGAUGGUUGGACUGGAUGAAAUAGGACAUACGACUCUGCCGUAGUUAGUACGUGACAAGUAAAAUGAAAUCGCUUGUGAAGCAUGUUUCAGGGCUGAAAAAAAAAACUUUAAUUACUAAAUCAUGGUAAUCAAAAAAAAUAUGAAGGCCAUCCAAGCAUCCAAAAUCACAGGAUAGCUGGAGCUGUUUGCAGCAUCGCUGCAACAAGAUACCAUUCAACAUUCAACCUUUUCUUUGCUCAGAAGCUUUUUCCAUUUCCUCUUGACAUUUUUUAUGUCAGAACUAAAAAAAACACACAGUUCUAGCCAGACAUUUUCAAUUGCUGUUUGAUUGGAGUACAGAGCCGAUGACACAUCACAUAUAUUCUUGUUUGAGUGAAUAUGAACUCCCAUCAAACUGCCGGCCUACCGUGACAUUUGUCAGGGUGAAACCUUGCCAUUGCUCUAAACUGACUAUAGCGCCCCCUUGCUGCAAUGAUCAAAUGUAGCUUGUGCUCGUGUGACAUUAUAAAAUUUGCCACGACACAUUUCUGAAGGCAACGACACAUAAACUCUAUUUUUCAUAGCUGAAAGCUCAGUGGUUUCUGUAGUGUAUGUUUCUGCCCUGUGUUGUGCUACACAAGCUGUUAGAUGCACCGUGAAAAGUUUGUCUUUAUAUUCCAGAUACAGAAUCUCUACAUAAUCCUACCGACAGGACAUAGACGAUGAAGAGACUGUGUUUUGUGAAGAAACUAAUACUUUGACUUGUUAAAUGAAACAUUACAUAGAAAUAUAUAUCAUAAAAUCGAACAGAGAAAACAAAACUUAUUUGCUAUAAUUGAGCUGAUUGUUACUACCACUGCAAUACACAUACUGUAUAUCCAUCUAUCUUGUGCCCUAAAACAUUUCUUUUAUUUACAUUUACUGCAUUCGGCACACACCCUUAUCCAGAGCGUCAUACAUUUAUCUCAUUAAUACUGCUGAACAAUUGAGAGUUAAGGGCCAUGAUCAAGGGCCCAUGAGUGGCAACUGGCAGGCUUUGGGAUUGGAUCUCACAACCUUCCAAUCAUCAGACCAACACCUUAACCACUGAGAUACCACAUCCACACAGUUUAUUAGUGUAACUCAUUAUCAUCUAUGUCUUUGUCAUCUGUUUCUGUAUCUGAUGGCAGAAAGAUAUACUGUAGAACUUCCACAACCACAUCGUGUGUAUGUUUUUUUUUUUUUUUGUUUUUGUUUUUUUGUUUGUUUGUUUGUUUCAUUAGGGACAUUUAUAAAGCUGUCAGAAUGAGAGUCAGUUGAGAUUUGAGCAAAAAGUCUACAUUUCCUUGCUAUUUGUUGUAGAUUCCUUUGUUGUGCACCAUAGCAGACAAUGAUUUUAUUGUCUAUACACUACUGCAUAUAUAAUGCACCGUAUUUAAUGUCCAAACUAAGCGAUUACAAAUUUUAAUCUAAUUAAUUACAUGAUGUGGUGAUUAAUUAAUCUAAUCAAUCGCAUUUAAUUGCACAUAAAUAUUAGUUGAGAAUUUCCCCCAAAAUGUCAUUUAAAAUGAUUGUGUUUGAGGAGAUUUAAAGAUUGAACCUUUUUAUUUAUUUAACACAAGCCUAUCACUUAGGCUACAAUGGCCGUAACAUCGCAAUUCGAAAAGCAUCCAUUAACCCCUUGUCUUCCACAAUAUUAACAGGACUACAGUCCAUUGCAAUCCAUUUAGAUAUUGCAUUCGUUAGUGUUUCUGCGGACGACUUACUUACUGUAAUUUGCGGCGAUUUUCAGUCAGCGUGGUUUGCCUGCAGCAUCCGGGGUUGUGCUAACUGCAGAGCUCGCAAUAUGGUUUGAGUUCAGGUGGUAUUUCAUGCUAGACUAACUUAGAUGGUAUGCAAAUUCCUUACUGCAGAGAACGCAAAGGACUUUGGUUUUUAUCAGUGGCUCCAUUGGAAAGAGUUUUGAAUUUAAAUUUGCCCUUCAGAAAGCCAGGCAGAUCGUUUGGCAUCGUGCUUGACUAACUCGCCACUACAGCUUAUUGCAAGAUGUGUAGUCGUUGGUACAGGUGUGGGGAGGGGCGGGGUGCAUUAAAUGCGUUAAAAAUAUUAACGCGUUAUUUUUUCUCAUAAUUAAUUAAUUAAUUAAUUAAUCUAAUUAACGUGUUAAAUUACCAGUGGGUAAUGUCUCUUUAAUCAAUGUUUCCAACAGCAGACUUGAGGUCUGGCGUGACUUUACUUGGCCCAUUCAAGCAGUUGAUGUUGUGUUCAGCUGGAAUGAAUGGAAUAUAAAGUCCCUUCAACUUAUAUUCAAGAUUUUGUCGAACCACCUCAGAAAACUCCUUGUGAACAAAAUCUUUUACCUCAUAUCUAGUCCAUGCUCGUAUUAUAGGACCGUCCUUAUAACUGCAUUCUCCGUUCAUAUGUAUCCUUCCUCACACCUCGGGCCGGUAGGCCAAUAUUUUUGGACUAAAUAUUCAUCACCCAGAGAAAAUGUAGUAAUUCGAUCUAAAGAUGCUUUUGUAUCACUGACUUAUACGGAUCACUGACUACAUUUGUUUGUUAGAAGUUGGAGUUGGAGAAGUUGGAUUAUAAUUUUUUUUUAAAUGAAUGAUAUAUGUAUGAUAUGAGGUGUAAUGACAUUGUGUAUAGUCUCCAUCUAUUCAUUAAAAUAUUAGAACCACAGAUUAGAAAAGUCACCCAAAGUACUACCAACUCACGAGUUUUAGCACUUAGACUCUAAAUCUGAAGACUGUGUAGUUUUAUUUUUGUAUGUGUGUAUAUAUAUAUAUAUAUUUAAAAAAAAAACAGUGAGCUAAAUGUUCAUGAUUUCGUGUGGAAAUACGAUGUUUCAUUGUAUUUACCUAGUAUGUGCUUGCAGUACAAGCUCCCUGUGAUGAGUUCCACAUGUUCAAAUGUUUUCCCAUGUUAUAUAAAGAAACACUUAUGCAAUUUGCCAUGUGUUGCAUUACGGCCAUCCUGCCAAAUGAUGCACGUCUGGCCAACAUUUUAACUGCAUGUGUUCAUCAUUCAUCAUGCCGCUCAUCCCUCAGAUCUGCGUCACUGCCACCUCGACUGUGAAAAGGUGAAGUACAGUAAUGGCUGCUGGUUUGACGCUCACUCAGUCCACGUAAUGUCUGUUAAAACGUAUUAUUGUGAAUGGUGACCAAAUGACAAGGAGCAUCAAAUUUUAAAAGUCCUCAUUUGAUGAUUUGGACAAAACCAAUUGAAAAGUAUUAUACUGCAAUUUUUUUGGGACAUGUGUAUUCUUAAUACAAAAGAAAAAAAAAUGUUUUACAGUCCUUGCUAAUGUAAGUAAUCAGGUUAAAACUUGUUAGCUAAAAGGUAAGAGUCUCUUUGGUCAUACAAACAGCUCCAGUGAAAGCUGAUUAUCAUUUAAUUGCAUUGUGUUUGAAUGUUUUAGCAUUCAUUAUCAUUCAUUAGCUCAAACAGUUCCACAACCCAGAGGAUCCGCCAGGUUAACGUAUCACAUAUUGUACAAAUUUCAUCUACUAAUCAGGUCUUAUUUUAUUUUCUGAAGCCAGAAGAGUACGAACAUUAACGAUAUUAAUGCGAUCGAUUCCGUAUUAUGAUGUUGUACAAAAGGGCUGAUAUUUCUACAGGAUACCAGAUCUGUGACCCAGUUCUUGGUGGAUCAUUUACACUAAAGAAAGUUUGUACAAUGACAGAUGGCAAAUGGUUUUAUAUCUCAGGUAAUGGUUGCGGAAAAAAGCGCUGGCUGUGCAAAGUAUAAAUAUGUAAAAAAAUACUGUAUAGUAAUAACGGAUAAAAAAUGGAUUAGUGAUACAGUAAAUACACACCACAGAGUAGCUUAAUGGUUGCUAAACAGCGUUAACUGUCAAAUUUAGUUGUCUGUUUUGUAAUUUAUAUAUCAAACGUGAUGCUAUUUGAAGAAUAGUUCAGUAACAGAAGCGUCGAGAGUAAACAUAGUAGUAGGCAACACAAUAAACCAACACAAACCAGUUAGUGGACCCAGACUAUGUAAUUGGCUGUACUAUAAUGGAAUACUAUUAUUAUGUAAUCAAUGUCUGUUACAAAUGUUUGACCAUGAUUUAAUAACUCACUCUCUUCUUUUGUCUUAAACGUGUUCACGAUUGGAAAACUCGGACAAUCAUGGAACCAUAAAACUUCUUAGCUAAUCCUACCAUGUUCUAUACAGAAUGUAAGCCUUUAUUUUAUUUAUUUUUUUACAAUAAUACAUGUACCAUUUCUAUGUGUUUAAUAAA